AUGUGUAGCCUUCUGAGGUCGUUCGCCUUGGUCCUGCGCCGCUGCUAUCGCGUAUACCCCGGGCGCAAAAGGAUACAGAUCGAGACGAAGAUAAAAAGCCCGAAACGCUACGACGAACUCAGAGGCGGCAAUCCGACAACUCUGUUGCAGGGAAACCUCUUUACACCGGAGUCGGCAGCUCCACGUGAGUUGGCGAUGCUAUGCUUUCGCAUCGUCAACAUGGGUUAUGCCGACGCUGGCAUUUUGCUUCGGUAUGCGCAGUGCGCUCUGAAGCAGCUAUCGCAACUGCGCAUAAAGCACAUCGCCCUGGUGUUGCAUUCGAUCUCGAAAUUUAUUGCGACAAGUGCAAUCCAGACGGGUCAACCAUCUGGAGAGGAGGUUGAGGCGUUCCAGGCAGAGAUCGCUAACAGGGAGAAACUGUUGCUUACGGUGGACGAAUUGGUGAAGGCAGCUGCCCCGGAUAUGCAGAAGCUGUUUGCUCGUGCCGUGCCAAAGGACCUUGGGAUGAUCGCUUUGUCCCUGGUUACCGUAUGCGAAUGUGCCUUCCGAGAACUCGGCGCUGACCAGCAUGCAUCUCUGCUGAGCACCACUGAGCAAACGCUCAAACUGAUAGCAACCUCCAUAGGACCUAAGCUGCCAUUCUGCGAAGCGCCGGAGUACGCCGCUCUGGCAAAGGCCUUCUGCAAGCUGCCGCCUCAGCUGGAAUUCGCCGGAGUCUUCCUGAGGGACCUGGCCGAAGAGAUUGCCAGCCUGCUGCUGGAAAAACACGACCAUUUGGAGGAGCUUAACCGAGGUAGCUACAUAGGGGAUGACCUGUUGGAGUCCUUGAUGGAGCUCCCCAAGGAUCUCACAACCAUAGCUUGCGCCCUCUCUCGCAGGGUGCACAGGCACCGAAUGUGGAAGAGGCUGGCAGAAUUCGUGGAACUUAUGCUGAAGGUCAAUGAGCAAGGCGAUGGGUCGUUCGCAAGACUCGAUGGGCAGACAUUGAUCCUACUCGCCACCUCGCUGAGCCGGCACGCCGACGUAGGGUUUCUCCUGAAUGCAUUGUUGGCUCAGACGACUGAGAAGCCUAAACCGCAAUGGCUCAUUACGGGGAUGGAUAUCGCAAUCAACGCUUUGAACGACGUGGAUCUCGGGCAGCGCCUGUGGGACGGCAUAGAUUUCGCGCAGGUGCCAGCCUUGGACGACGCGGCGAAAACGCAGCUCGUCCACGCAUCGAUACGGGUGCGCAAUUUGACAGAGGAUCAGGCCGCCGUCAUUCGCGGGCUGGCAUCCGGGGAUUGCAGCAAAGAGCUGUUGGUGGCAUUAUAUGCGGCAAGGCAUCGCUGCGGGAUCGACGAGCCCAAGCAAUUGCUCGACGCAAUCAUGGCAGGUGUAGACCGUCUCAGUGUCAGCAGCAUAAUGGUAAUGCUGCAUAACGUGGAAGGCGUUGACCGGCUGUCGUCAGGCGAUUCCCAGUCCGCUGUUGAUGAGAAUGACCACAACAUGGAGGGCAUACAAGGGGAGCGCGAUAUGAUAAACGCCCAGGAAACCAUCAAGGCACAGUUGUUCAGCUCGUUGAGCAAAAAGAUCGAAUCUGUCCCCCUAAACAAACUCUACGAGAUCCUGCUGUACACCAUCGAUAACCAUGGCGGACGUGUUUCCGUUAUAGAGAAAAUGGCAGCACGUGUGGCUCGAGCCGCCGCUGAGUAUCAGGACCACCACCUGGCGACGCUCAUUGAGCGGUUGCAUCGCAUAGGUAUAAAUCCCGAACGAGUAUUCGAGGCCAGUCUCGUUGAGCGGUUCCAAAACGAGAAUGGUGAUAUGGAUGCACAGAUCGUGGAUCGCUUCGUGGAGGAUGAUAUGCCACCGGAUUCACAGAACGAACUCAAGUUCAGCGAGCCGGAUGACUUAGAUGUUGGGAAAUGGCUGCAUGUCGAUGAAAAACGAAGCGCCAGAGAGCUGGUCAGCGGUAUUCGCAUGGCCGCCUAA